GGCACAAAGUCUCUUCUGCUUGAUCGCUGUGGAGACGCCACGGAGCCAGACGUGAUCCAGAUGUACUCGUCCUCUCCUCCGCCCUUGGAGGACGGCGCCGACGAGGACGACGACGAGUUCAGUGACUUCACCGGCGUUCCCAACAGCGUCAGCUUCACGGAAUUCGAGACGCUCACCACUUUCGAUCAGCUGCAGGCGCUGAACGCCACGUCGCCGCCGGAGCUAACCUGCCGAGUUGUUGGACUUAACGGACCAGCGAUGCCGAACCGCAGCCCGGGGGAUGCUCCAGCUUAUAGGACUGUUAGUGUGGAGGAUCUGAAAAAGGUUACAGAGCAUCCGCAUGGGGCUUACACAAACUUUCCGGCAAAUACCUGGACUGGUAAUGAUGCUGUUGACUGCAACAGAGGGGGUAACGAAGUUCUCACGAACGGCUUUGCAAAGUUUGGCACAGAGGGAACUCCUCCCUCACACCAUAAACGCAGGGAAACGGGUCCCUCGGUGGGUCUCGGUCCCGAUGUGAUCCCCAGUGACGAUGAGGAUUUUGCGGAUUUUGCUGCUUUUUCUAAUGCUGAAGUUUCCAGUCACGUUGACAGUCAUGUGAACUGGGAGAAUUCAAACCAUGAUGCGAGACUGGCACAGGACAGCCAACCACUAAGUGAGGAAAAUCAUGGAGCUAGCAUAACUGGCAAAGCAGUGGACAAUGAUGAUGAUCACAUAACUGAAUUUGCCUCGUUUGCAGAGGCUUCGGAUCACCUUAGCAACGGAGACGGGGGUUUCCAUGCAGGGACGAGUAACGGACAAAGAGAUCAGGGCACUGACCAUGCACAUCAGGACUCAAAUACUACUGAUUCUGUUAGCACAGAGCAACAAAUAUCGCAGAAUGGUGUGGCACAGGAUGGUUUGGAGGUUAAGGAAACGAUGGAUAACAGGGUGUCCCCCGUCUCCAUAGAUGACCGAGGUAGCAGCAGCGAGCCGACGGAAGAGAAGGGAUCCGGGAAUGACACGGAAACAGAGACCGAAACGGAGACCUCUUUCGGUCGCCCACUGUCCACAGAAGCGCUCGAGGAAUUCGGGGAUUUCAGUACGACAGGUUCAGUACCUUCGCCUCCACUACAGGAAGAGACGGCCACUCCUGCUGAUCAUAGCCAGCUGGCUGAGGAUGAUGAUGAUGAUGAGGACUUUGGAGAUUUUGGUGACUUCGGAAAUGCAAGCUCCUUUGGAGGUGCCGGCUUUGCUGACUUUGACCAGCAGGGGGCAGCGUUGCACUGUGCAUCUUCAGAAUCGAUCGCACCUUCACAGUCUGUCGGGAAGAACAAUCCGGAAAUAAUGUGCACUGAGAAGGUCGAAUUCGGCGGCUUCGAUGCGCAUGGACAAUCCGGCAAGACAGCACAAGAAGGCGAGGAGGGAACGGAGACCGUCGAGCUUCCGGGUAGUGACAGUUUUGCGGACUUUACAUCAGCACCUGUUGAUGGCGGUGUUGAUGUGGGAUGGCAGGCGUUUGGCGAGUCGAACGAGGAAGCGGGGGAAUCGUGGGCUGCAUUCGAUCAGAGCCAGGCCUCAACUGUUUCAGAGGCGAAAGAAGACGAUUGGCACGGAAGCCGAGCUGGUACAGCAGCCCCUACUGGCAGUGAAGAAGAGUGCAGGAAAGACAGCAUAGUGGUGUCACUCGUCAGCCGGUUGGAGAAGGUCUUCCUGGCCAAUUUUCACGAGGUCUCCAUGCCUCUUAUAGAUGAGGACAUGCCCCCUCUUAAAUCCUUCCUCGAGCCAUGUGAAAGAUCAGAAAAAGAAGAGAACGAGUCAGCACCAGUCAGCGGAGGAGGAGUGCAGGGCGUGUGGCUGCAGCUGCAGGACAUCCACAAUGCGUUUGGUUUGAGGUAUCAGUGGGGCGGCUCGCACAGUAACAAAACUCUGCUCUGCUCACUGGGCAUCGACACGCGGAACAUACUGUUCACAGGUCAGAAGAAGCAGCCUGUUAUCGUACCCAUGUAUGCAGCCAGUCUGGGAAUGCUGGAACCCACUAAAGAGCCGGUGAAGCCCGUCUCAGCUGCUGAGAUGAUCGCCUCCAUAGCGCAGUCUCCAUCUGUUGCCACGGAGAUGAGCUCCUGCCCCACUGAUGCAGCACAGGAGUCCCUCCCACCAGUGCAGUUUGACUGGAGCAGUAGUGGCCUUACAAACCCCCUGGAUGCGAGUGGAGGUUCAUCUCUGCUGAAUCUGGACUUUUUCGGCCCGGUGGACGAGUCGCCUUCCAGCUCCACCACCUCCAUACCAGGUGUGGACCCGGAGCUGUAUGAGCUGACCCAGGCGAAGCUGGACGUGAGCGGAGGCAGCAGCCGAGUGGUGGACGCGUUCGCUCGCCUCAUGUCCACUGUGGAGAAAACCAACACGUCCACCAGGCGGGUGCAGACACAGAAGGAGGAGAAUCUGAGCGAAGAGGCUCGGCGUGUCAUCUCCGCACUGCCUGAUCUCUCCUUCAUGCAGGCCAAAGUGCUGAUGUUCCCCUCCACGCUCACCCCGCUUCCUCCCUCGUCCUGUUCCUCUUCAUCUCCUGUCCCGGACUGAUUCUCUCUCGCUCUCGCACCUCUCUAUUCUCACUGUCUUUUUGUUUUUGGUUCACUUUCGCUCAGCUUGUUGGAGUCAGUUGGAGAGGCGGAGCAGAGCUGAGGAAGCGUUUUCAUUAGGGAUGCACCCAUCCUGUUAAAUCACUCCCCUAUAAACCUAAUCAUGUGCCCUCAGCACUAUAGUUAGUUAGCUUUCUGUCAAACCUGGCUGUUGGUUUUAAUCUGUGUCACAAACAAACAAACUCCACCUACAACCCGACUCUGAAACGUCCUGAAUUACAAAUCCAAAUUCCUUUUCAUGGGAUUCGGUCACGUAACAUUUGCAGAUCAUUCUCAUGUUUUUAACUCGUACUAUACGUCUCGCUUUGAGGUUAGACAUCAGUUUGUAGCCACAGUUUGUGUAGCUUUUUUUUUUGCCCUGCCCUAUCUCGUCAGUACCCUCAAGUCAUCUCCCUGACCCCACCCACUCACCUCUUUAGAAUCUUCAGCAGGUCCAUCUCCAUCAGCUUUCCUUAGCUUGGGCCAUUUAUCUGACCCCGCCCCCUUCAGCUAUGUGGAUCCAUCCACCUGGCUCCGCCUUCUUAACUAUCUGGAGCUUUGCACCUGACCAGCCGUCUUCAUGUUCUUGAGCGGUUCUCUGGGCACUCUGCCCUCAGCUCUGAAGCCCUUCAGUUGGCCCCGCCCCCUCCGCUCUUUAAAGCCAUCCACUUGGCUCCACCCUGAAUCUAUUUUAAUUUAGAAAUGUAUGUUGCAAUCAUGUCAUGGGUGGGAGGAGGGUUUAUAACUGGAGCAUGAAAGUUGUAAGGUUUGAAUAUUUUUUUAAUUUGUAAAUUAUUUUCUCAACAUCAGAUCGGUGCAUCCCUAAUCGUUCUAGCCGAGUUUUCUUCUUUAAUAGAGAUGCAGCGUGUAUAUAAUCAGGGAUAAGACUUCUUUUCCAUUCUAGAUUAUGUUUAUGGUUCAGUAUGAUUCCGUGUGUGUUUAAAUAUCAUUUUGCUGAGGAAACACUGGUUAAAAAAUAGACUUGAAACCAUACUGCCUGCAAAAUUCUGCUGGUUGAUUUUUUUUUUUUUCCCUUUUAAUUAAAUGAUUUGUUUAAAAGGUCUUAGGUUUUAAUCAUUUUAGUUAAUAUAGUUAUGCGGAUAAUUAAUGUUAGAGUUAUAUUUUGUAGGGGUUUAACAUGUUUAUUCACUGUAAAAAAGCGCUUUAUUCUCAUAACGGAUGAUUAGCAGAAUGGCAACGUGGCUGCGUUCUGUUUUUAUUCUUGCUGUUUUAAAUCGUUAAAAGUGAAACCACUGUAAUGUGACCCAUGUGAUGAAGGAAUCGUUGUGAUUUGACUUGAAGUACUUUAGCCAAUAAGGGACCAAUAAUACACAUUUACCUUCUAAAUUCUUUUACUUUAGCGUCUUAAACAUACUUUUCUGGCCGUGCAUCAUGGGACGUGUCCAAAAUCAGUCUGUUUUUUUUUUUUUUUGGUCUGUUUUUUUUUAAAGCUGUUUUCCUAAUUUCAUUCUUGUUUUGUUUCCCCUGCUGCGUAUUGUCCUGUCUGUCUGUCUGUCUGUCUGUCUGUGUCUCUCUGUGAGGAAUUUUGCACAUUGUAAAGCUGUAAUGGAAGUACUACUAAAACCACGUAGGUGACUGUGUACAGUAAGACUGUGGAAAAUGUACAAAAAUGUGAUUGUUAUGGGGAAAUUCCUAUGGAAAAACAAUCUUACUGGUGUGUGUGAGUGAGUGUGAGUGGAAUAAAGAGCCCCGCCCCCCUCCAGGUUGGAACGAGCAUGCUCGGGCUCUUUUGGACAAAAAAAAUUUAAGUGUGUAAAUUUUCUUUUAGUGUACACAAAGAAUUAAAAAUAAUUUAAGAGAA